GCGGGGCCCGGGGAGCGGCGCGGUGCCCACCCGCGGCCAUGUGGACCGGAGGCCGGAGGCCGGGCCGGCUGCGCCGGGCGGCCUCAGCCGCGGACAUGGAGAAACUCAGCGCGCUGCAGGAGCAGAAGGGCGAGCUGCGCAAGCGGCUGUCCUACACCACGCACAAGCUGGAGAAGCUGGAGACCGAGUUCGACUCCACGCGCCACUACCUGGAGAUCGAACUGCGGCGGGCGCAGGAGGAGCUGGAGAAGGUGACGGAGAAACUGCGCAGGAUCCAGAGCAACUACACAGCCCUGCAGAGGAUCAACCAAGAGUUGGAGGAUAAACUGUACCGCAUGGGCCAGCACUAUGAAGAGGAAAAGCGCGCUCUGAGCCACGAGAUUGUGGCCCUUAACAGUCACUUGCUGGAGGCCAAGGUGACCAUCGACAAGCUCUCAGAGGACAAUGAGCUCUAUAGGAAGGACUGUAACCUGGCCGCCCAGCUGCUGCGCUGCAGCCAGAACUACAGCCCGGCCCAUAAGGUGUCCGAGCUGCCCUCGGACUUCCGGGAGCGUGUGAGCCUACACCUGGCCUCGCAAGGCCGCAGCCUGAGCUCGCCACUGUGUCCCCCCGCCUAUGGCGACAGUGUGCCCACCUGUGUCAUCGCCAAGGUGCUGGAGAAGCCUGACCCGGCCAGCCUGUCCUCCCGCCUGUCAGAUGCCUCAGCCCGCGACCUGGCCUUCCGCGACGGGCUGGAGAAGCCGGGCCGGCGACCACCCUACAAGGGGGAUGUGUACUGCAGCGACACGGCCCUCUACUGCCCCGAUGAGCACAGCCACCAGCGGCGGCCCAGCAUGGACCCGCCUGUCACCGACGUGGGCUUCCUGCGCGCCCAGAACUCCACCGACAGUGGGGCCGAGGACGAGGAGGAGGAGGCUGAGGUGGCAGCGGCUGCCGCUGCCUUCCCUGCCGGCUUCCCGCCCUACGCGCCUCGUUGCCCCACAUCCAGUUCCUACUCAAGCUUCAGUGCCACGUCAGAGGAGGAAGGAGCACCCCCCAAGCGCUAAGCCAGCACACUCACAGGCCUCACAGCGCGCCAUCUACCCCUGGGCGGCCGCGACCAGCUCUUCGAGCACAAGCUGUCCCCCGCUGGCGCCACCCUCCAGGCUGGCCCGCGUUUCGCCAAGGCUGCGUCCACCGGGACAGGCCCGCUGGAGGCCGAAGUGGCACCGGGGUUCGCGCGGACCGCGUCCCCAUACCCGGCCGAGGCCUUCCGCUUCCCAGCCUCUCCGGGCCCCCGGCAGGCCUUGAUGCCCCCCAACCUUUGGAGCUUGCGGGCCAAGCCCGGGAGUGCCCGCCUGCCCAGUGAGGGGCUGCGGGGUCAGUGGCGGCCCCUGAGCGUGGAGGAUGUGGGGGCCUACUCGUACCCCACCACGCCAGCUGGCCGAGCCUCCCCCUGCAGCUUCUCUGAACGUUACUACAGUGGUGGCGGUGGGGGCAGCCUCGGUGAGAAGGUCGAGGGCCGGGCCAGCCCGCUGUAUGCCAGCUACAAGGCCGACAGCUUCUCCGAGACCGACGACCUGGCCCAGAGUCACCUGGCCGAGCCCUGCUUCCUGCGGGCGGCCACUGAGCGCAGCCUGAGUCCAGGCCGUGAGCCCCUGCCAGGCUAUGCAGCCAGCGAAGGGGAGGCUGAGCGGCUAGGGGUACAGCUGUGUGGCCCAGGGGGCAGCCCUGAGCGGAACCCCAGCCUGCACAGCUCCCGGGACUCCCUGGAGCCCUGCUCCAUGGAGGCCUCCCCCGAGAUGCGCCCCGUGGCGCACCUCAGCCCCCCACUGGCCUUCCCGCGGACUGGUGGCUCCGGACUCAGCCGCAAGGACAGUCUCACCAAGGCCCAGCUCUAUGGGACUUUGCUCAACUGAGCGGCCCCCACAAAUCCUCUCUCCAGCCAUCAAUACUGUCCCCAGCCCCACCCACGGGACUCCUCUGCCACCGAACGAAGGCAGCAGGACCGGAGAGAGCUCCAUACCCCGUGGGUCCCCCCCAUCUUCACCUGUCUUCCCACCCACAUUCAGCACCGUCCCAUCCACCUUUUAUAAAGUGAAACUAUUUUUCUAGUGCAAAAGGGUCUUUCUCAAGGCACCAGGCCACGGGCCGCUCCCGGCCAGCCUCGGCGUUUUCCACACGAAGCUCCUUUAUUUUCUCGCCCCCGUGAGGCAAGCACGGCAGGGCGGGAGGCGGGGGGUCUUGUGCCCAGAGUGGGGGGACAGCCCGGGCUGAGGCCUGUGGCUGGAUGUAACACGUGUGUGCCCCCCCACCCCAGCUCUCCCCAUGGUCCAAAGUGGGGCCGGUGCUCGAACCCUAGAGUCCUGCUCCCGGCACCACCUGGCGCUACCUCAGCCCAGUGAGGCCCAACUCCACCCGCAGCUUGUACCGCCCCCCCCCCCCCGCAUGCCCCGUCUCGGUGGUCUCGGUGGUACUGUAUUUUGCACUCAGUAAUAAAAGAUCUGUGGAAGGUA